GUGUAUGCGAUUAAGUGCAUUUUUUAUUGUAAUAUUAUAAUAGAUACUUUAAUCUCUGAUUCAGGUGAGUAUUGUAUUUGUUAACAACUUGGCGCAUUUAAUACAUUAAGGAAUAAUAAAGCUCUUAAACAAUAUAUAUACACUAACUAAACUAAAAUAUGCGACAAUCCAUAUCAAAAGGGACCUUAUGGCGGUCGGCGCUUAAGUCGCGUAUUACCGCAUUAGUAUUGGCGCGCCGCUAAUAAAAACGUAAGCGCCGCGCGCCGACCGCCAUAAGGUCGCUUUUGAUUUGGAUUGUCACAAUUAUAAUAUUUCUAACUUAAAACUAAAGUUAAAAUAUACUCACCUACAAUUUUUUUUUAAUUAUAUUAUAAAAAGAUAACAUAAUAAUACUACUUGAUUCAGUAAUACAUAUUUUGACAGCCUAUUUUAAGUAUAAGUACCUAGUUGGCGUUCUUCCCAUGUAGAAAGUAAAUCAACGUUGAAAGAAAUGUAACCCUACCACAAGGCCGCUCACACUUUACUUGUCAGUUGGACAAAUUAAAUAUACUGGUUUGCUGGUUUUUGUACCUUGCGUAAGUUUCGACAAAGUAGUGCUAUAAAACAUUGCAGAAAAGAUAACAACAUAUCAGUUAAGAAGUAUUCGUGCACUAGGAACAAUACCUACGAAUUAAUCAAUAUGAACUCAAAGGUUUACACCUAUUUAAUCAUUUAUAUUUGUAUUAAGUAUCCAUAUACAAUGCAAACAAAAAAAAGACACGUAAACAUAAGUUGAAACAAGGGUUUAAUUAGGUUAAACCAAUAUUUAAUUUUAAAUCCGCUAUAUUAGCCCAAUCACAAAAACAUGCAUAGAAAAUAGUAAAUAAAAACCUUUUUUGUAAUAAAAUUCCUGAAAAAAGGUACAUACGCUUAUUUUUGUUUCUAGAUCAUAUUUGCUGCCUGUAUCAUGGCUCUAGUAGCGGCUCGACCACAGGAGAGUCACGGACACGGACAUGACUCCCACCACCACGCUGUCUCCUCGCAGCACAUACAGCGCCACGACGUGCCCGGCAAGGCGCCCGAAGGCCAUCACGACUACUACGCGCACCCUAAAUACGAGUUCGAGUACAAGGUGGAGGACCCGCACACCGGCGACAAGAAGUCCCAGCACGAGUCCCGAGACGGCGACGUCGUGAAGGGCUACUACAGCCUGCAUGAGGCUGACGGCACUGUCAGGAUUGUGCACUAUACUGCCGACAAGAAAACUGGAUUUAACGCUGUUGUCACACAUGAAGGACACGCCAAGCACAUUGUUCCUAGUCAUCACCACUAAUUCUGCGAUAUUACUUACUAAGCGUAUUGUUGACUAUUUUGUAACCUAAUUUGUUUCUAAUUAAUUUAAUUUGUGUUUAAUUAUAAUACUAAAUAGGUA